ACAUGUCGCUGUAGUCGCACGCGUUUCAAACGAAAGGUAGCGAAUUUUUUCAAUUAAAUAAAUCAUCAAAUAAAUAAUAAUGGAUGAAAUAAAAAAUCUACAAGAUAAAUAUCAGAGUAUUACUGUGGCACAACUUGGAGAGAUAAUAAAUAAACGUGGAAAGAAAGUAAAUCAGGUUAUACAUGAACGAGAUCAACAAUUAAAGGAAAAUGAAGAAAAACUUGAAAAUUUGAUGUCUGAAUUAAUAAUAUUGAAAGAAGAUAUUCAUACCAAGCAGCAAGUUUUAGAACAGAAAAACAAAGAAUUGUCAAAUCAUAAUGAACAUUUUGCCGAAUUAAAAGCGGAAUACAAUAAAUUUAUGGAAGAAAAUACAAAUUUGCAGGUCAAGAAAAAUCUUUUAAAAAAUACUAAACCAAAUCAGCAUGAUCAGUUAUUAUUAGAAACAGGAAGGAAAAAACUUCGCAUGUAUAAAGAGUGGACCGGUAUACAUUGGGAUUAUAGUAAUCUAAAGGACAAUAUAGUAGGAUAUGUAACUAACAAAAGUGACUAUAUACAUCAUUUUAAUUUUGCCAAAGAUGAAAAGGAUUCCGAAGAAUUAUCCAAUCUUUUAUGGCACGAAAUUUAUCUGUCUGUUGAAAAUAAAUUAAAUGAAAAUAAAAAGAGUUCUAUCGCAAAUGAAUAAAAUAUUAAAG